AUGGAGCCGUUGCGGUUUCUCAUCACCGCAGUGGGCCUCUCGCCGUCGCCGACCGUCUUCAACAGGGCGUACCAGGGACUGGUGCUGGCAGCGCUGCUGGCAGCGCCCAUUCUGCUCUUUGUCAUUGGCCUCAACAAGUACGAGUCGCGGCUGACCGAGUCGACCCUGGUCGGCGCCGCCAUCCUUGCCCUCAUCCCGGUCAUCUCGCACCUGAUGGUCAUGCCGUAUCUGGCACGCAACUACAUUGCCGACGAGGUCCACGUCUGCCUCGCGGCCGACCCGAGCGCUCGGAAGAAGAUCAUGGCGCUCGGGACGGCGCACGCGUGGGGCGGGCUGGUCAUCGGCACCACGUUUGCGGUUCUCUGGCAGGUCAACCUCUUCCGGGCGUUGAAGGACGGGCGCGACUGGGCGCGUGACUCGUCGGGUCUCAAGACGCUUUUCGUGCUACAGGCAGUGGCGGUCUCUGUCUCAGUGGCCUCGUUCACCAUGGCGCUUGUGCUGUAUUCGCUGGUCUGCAACAUCAUCCGCAUGCAGGCCGGCACGUUUUCCACAGGCAUCAAGUCCGGCAAGUACGCCAACGAGGCCAUUGUCUACGGCCACCACCACAUCAAGACCUCGGUGGCGGUGACGAACCAGAUGUUCUCGCGGUGGAUUUUCCCGGCCAUUGUCGUCACCCUUUUCUCCAUCUCGUUCCAGACCGUCGGCUACUUUCACCAGGACAAGCACAGCAGCCAGUACAACGGUGCGUACUAUAUCAUCGUCCCGGCCUUCCUGCUGGUCUUCCUCAUUGUUGUCGCGUCUACCGUGACCGGCAAGAUCGACCGGCUCAAGUACAACGUCGGCGCGCUCCUCUCGUCUGACUAUACCCGGGCCGGAACGCUUAGCCAUGUUCUCGCCUACCUUCAGAACGUCGACGACUCGUUCAAGAUCUUUGGCGUUGCCAUCACCUCGAGCCUUUCCCACCUCAUCGUCUUUGCCGCCAUCGCCUCGGUCGGCGCCUUUGUGUGGGAGGGCAUCCACUAG